AUGGCAUCAUCCCACCAGAACGCACAACCCGCUGAAGAGCCGAUAGAACCCGACGACAACAUCCCGGCCACCGUCGAUGACCAGCAAUACUACGAGGGCCAGCGCCCUUAUUGGUACCGGAUCUGCCCCGGGGGGUUCCAAAUUCCCCCGCCAUUACCCCCGUCUUCCGAGCAGCACCAAGCUUUCCCCCACGCCCAAGGGCCGCCAGUCGAUGGAGGGCCCGUCGAGGCUCAGCCGGCUUCCGACCAGCUCUACCAGGCUACUCCAGACCAUGCGCCAGACAUCUAUCAGGAACCAACAGCAUGUGGUCCCCAGACCGGUGCCACGGAUACCCACCGGUCCCCCGAGCCGACUACGGCGUCCCAGGAUGGCAUCGCGACCCCACGAUCAAACCCCGAGCCGCAGACCCAAGACCGACAACGCUGCGAGGUCUGGCCCCUGACAUACAGGACCGCCAAUGGCUGGCUCAAGGUCUUCUGGUGCGUCCAGAUCGACGGCGAAUCAAACUACAUAGACCAGCCGCCCGAUCUCCAAGAACUCUCACGCCGCUAUCACUUGGUUUAUUUCCCAGACCUAGCCAGCCACGAGGCUCAGCUUAAUCAAUGA